GUCUCUACGACCGACCGGGCUGUCUCGUAAGCCGCGCUAGCACCCCUGCAGUCGUGUGAAUCAUAGUGUGUUAGCUCACCGCAUCCGUCCCUGCUCGGCCAAGAGCGGUGGAAACAUGCCAAUAAUUCCGAGAACCCGUUAUCCAUCCUCUAUGCGUCAGGGAAACAUAAGAAACACGCGUGCCCUCGCUUCAGAUUCCAUCACCAGCUCAAACACCAGUCCACAACACCACAGCGAAUAACAGACUACCCCAGACUCCGACUUGCCCAUCAUCGCCGCUACCACAAACCAUCAAUUACAUCACACCUUCCCGGCUUCUACCCACGCUCGGAUCACCUUCCCUCGAUUGGCCGCUGCUUUAAGCCUCUCACCAUAGACUACUGCCUUAUACAUAACAAACAUCAUGCCUUCCUCAUCGCAUCUCCGCAUACAAACCUCCUUCGAGCCCUUCACCGCCGAGACCACCCGCUCCCACUUUGUCUCUUCACCACCGCAAAAGAAGCAGAAGAUGUCUCUCACCCAAACCUACUACAUUGCUGCCUCCGCCCGCUCCAAGCUCGGCAAAGAGGCAUGCAGGGCCGACCACGACCUCCGCCUUCUCGUUGGACACGCAAACCUCCUCGACAGCCUCAUGGUCGAGCUCCAAGACGCCGAACGCCAGCAAGAACAAUGGUUCAACCAGACCAUGGCCAAGGCCUCCAAGUCCGAAGAGCCCCGCCACAUUCAAUGGGCCGACAGCAUUGCUGAGGAGGAAGACGACGACGACGAGUCCGACUCGGACUCUGAGAACGAAGACGACUUUGACAUGAUCCCCCUGCCUCGCCGCAUCGCUCAGUCACCAGUUCAGAUCAGCACAAUGGAGGUCGACGACGACGAGGAUGAGGACGAAUUCUACGACGACAUGGAGGACGACUCGGAGCUCGCUCUUACUCGAGUGCCAUCGCAACUACAAUCACCACCCGAGCUCACCUACGAAGAAGAGUCCGAUGACGAGUCACCACCUACAUCGCCCCCACAAGCGUCUUUCAACUUCUCCGACAAGGAGGCCAUGCUUACAACAACCUUCUACGACGCAAAACCAGCCUCGCAAGACAUCGAGGACCAUCCGCUGUUCAUGGAUACCACCGCUCCGCUCAUCUCAAGUUAUUAGGCCAGCACAUCAACGUGUUCUGACCUUUUGAUUUUUGAUCUAGCAUUUUCAGCGAGCGUGUCCUUUACAGCAUAGCGUGGCAUUUGAGCAUUAUAUCCUUUGGUUUUAUUUUAUUGGCAUAUACCGCAGGGGCGGUUGGGAUCUUCACGAAGAUAUCAGGAAACUACUCUACUCUGAAAUGUUGCAUGGAUAUGGGAUAGGAGGAUUUGGGACAUUGGUCGCGAGCGGUUCGAAGUCUCCCGAAGGCGAUGGUCGAGACUCCCGCCUAUAGCUAGAUUUUCAAUGAUGAUCAUUACACCCACAAAAAACAAU